UCACGGCCAAUGUUUUGAGAUACCGGGUCCGCGCUCCUCCUGUCACGACACACAGAUACAUUCUAAGUGUAACAACUCAUUCACACCAGAAUGAAAUACCAUACGUCUGCUCUGGCCAUUGACACUCUGGCCUCCGCCAGCGCUGUCUCCAUAGAGGAGCGCCAGGGCAAUUCGGGCACUGGUCCCUUCGCGCCAGCGGGUUACUACACAUCGGAUGGCCUCGAAGGCCAUAGCUUCUACGCCCCUCAGAAUAUCCCAUCCGAUGCCAAGCUCCCCGUCAUGCUGUGGGGCAACGGGGGCUGCUCGGCCGACGCCACAGGGCAGGCGCCGUUCCUGACGGAGCUGGCAUCGCACGGCGUGCUGGUCAUCGCCAGCGGCACCCCUGGCAACGGCGGCAGCACGACGGCUGACAUGAUGACGCAGUCGAUCGACUUUAUCACCAGCAACGCCGGCCAGGGCGAGUGGGCCAACAUCGACGCGUCCCGCAUCACGGCGGCGGGCUGGAGCUGCGGCGGCAUCGAGGCGUACGCCCAGAUCUGGGACGACCGCGUGCAGAGCAUCGGCAUCUGGAGCUCGGGGCUCCUGGAUAACCACAUGGCCGCCAACGAUUUCACCAAGCCCGUCUUCUUUUUCCUCGGAGGGCCCUGCGACAUCCCCUACGGGAACGGCGAGCGGGACUACGCCGCUAUGCCCGCGGGCAUGCCCAAGUGGAAGGGCAACCUCGACGUCGGUCACGGCGGCACAUACACCGAACCCAACCGCGGCAAGUUCGGCGUCAUUGGCGGGUACUGGGUCGAGUGGAUAAUGCGCGGAGACGCCUCGGCCGCCGACUAUCUGACUGGGGAUGGCGCGAAGAACGACGGCUGGUCCGUGGAGUUUGCCGAUCUGGAAAACCUCAACGUCAUCCCGAUCGAGUGAGCAGGGAGGAUGUCUAGAGUCCUUUUCGGUGACAACCGAGAACCUAACCGGUUUCACGGCAGAAACGGCCAUCUAGCCUGCUGCAUACCUAAUGAUGCCAAUAAGGCACUGCAAGUAGACAACAACGGUGGGGGGGACCGAGGACCGACGUUUGCGUUGACAU